CUACGCUUCCUUUUUUCAGUGACAUAUAAACUAGUCUGACAGAGGCUGCUGUCAGUUUGACAAUUCAGAGACGGGAACUCUGCCUGAACGAGACUUAUCACAACUCUAUAAAAAGGACUUUUUCUUUCCGACAAGCCAGAACCGGCGCUUUUCAUUCAUAACAGAUUGCUAUCGCAGGCUAAACUAUCUGGAGCGCGUGGAUUUGAAAGAAAGAAAAAAAAAACAUGACUUCGAUUAACCCAGAAAGCUUGCAGAAACAUCCUCACAGCAGAGGGCUGGAGAAAUGCCUUGUGGGAUCUGUAAUUAUACUUUUCAUCACGGUCGCUGCUGCGUGUGUCUGCUUCUUUAUCGUAAUACAAGGGAUGCAACUCGACAGGGAGCAAAAGAAGGACCUUGCCUUUGGACAGAACUGUGCCCAUCUUCUGGGAAAUACUGUGCUGCUCAAGAACGUGACAAUGGAAUGGUCAAGCAGCAAAGGAAUGGGCCAAGCUUUUGUGGGGGACCAGUUCAGCUACGACAAUGACUUACACAUGCUGAACACCAAAGCGCAAGGCGUGUUCUACUUGUACCUGCAGAUGAACGUCAGGUGCACCGGCCCCCGGUGCAAGGCUGCAGGCAGGGUCACCAUCACAGUCUUCAAUUCGGAUGACGGAGAUCGCAGCGUGGCACUGGAGUGCGCGAUAGACAUACCCACAGACAGCAGCACGAAGCCUAUUUCCAAGAACUGUGUCAGUCUGGUGAGCGUGCUGGAAGGGAACAAGAUCUACGCCCACUUGACCUUCUCGGGGGAACGUGACACAGACUGGCAGCUAGACAACACUGAUUUCGGGAUCUUCCUGGUGUAGGACGUUAAUUCCUGUACUAAAAAUAAAAAAAACGCUGUAGUGAAUAGCAUGGUUUGAACAAAUCGAGGAACUUUUCAAGAAAUAAGAAGAGGUUCGGCUGGAAAUCAAGGGGGAUUUGUUCUUCCACGGUCUUCUCACGGCUCCUCCUGUCCAGGUCCACUGGGACUUGAUAAAGAGCGGGACACAGCAUGUCAAGGUGGUGUUCCGUGGAGGAUGAUUCUUUAGCGGGGGGACCAGGGCAUAAAUCCUGACCCGAUGGUGCUUAAAAGAUGUCAACUACCCAAUAGGGAGCGGGACAAUACAGAUCUCUCCGUACACACUGCUGAAAAGGAAGUGUUGAGAGGCGAUCAGUGUUUUGGUGCUGUUAGGCGUGAGACAACUGGGGUUUGCAUCUUCAAAUGCUAUGUGACUGUAUAAUCGCUGGGACUGUUUGUUAAUCAUUUAUAUGUAUUGUUGUUUGCGUACAGAAAGCACUACUGUCCCUGCCAUAGGGACCCCUGUGUCUUGUUUUCAUGAACCAGAACUGUGCAGGUUUCAAACAAAUCGGCACAAACUGCCUAAAAAUAUGGAUCAGGUACUUGGAGUCACAUUGUUGGUUUUUGAAUGUAAAGCAAGGAGGCACUUUAACUGGAAGCACUAUAUAUAAUGUAUGGUUACUACUACAAUUUGUAGCUUGUUUGGGUAGUUUUCACCCACUAUUAGGAAAUCAUUUCUACUGUAAACAUCUGUUCAUGAACAUGUAACUGUAAUACACACACCUACCCUUACAGUCCAUUUCCUGUUUCCUGUCAGUUUUCUCACAGGCCUUGUCCUCAUUACUGUUAACUGUUCCAUUUGUAAAGGAAAUGCCUGUGACUUCACUUCCUGUUUACUGACAAAUGACUUCAGCACAGUUUUUUUUUUCGUUGUCAGCAUUUUGACACCGAAGUGAAACUGGAUUUUCUGUUUCCGGAAAAAAAAAAUGUACGCUGACCGCAACAGAACCAAAACUUUUUUUUUUUGGUUCAUGAAAUUCCUUUAACUAGUUUUAUAACUAUUACGGCUAUACUAAUAAUAUAGAGAACUACAUACAGCUAUGGACAAAAGUUUUGCAUCUCUUAGAAUUUUAACUAUAUGAACAUAAUUUAGGUCUUAUAUUUAACAUCAUGUAGUCAAAGAAACUACAAAAUGAUGUCGCAACCAAACAUCUACCGGAAGCCAUAAUAGUAGUACAGUAUGUCAUGUGAGAUUUUGAAAUGUUUCCAAUUUUUGUCGGUUUUUCCUUUAGUAUACAAGAAAACUACAAAGCGGUACGUCAUUCAAUAUGUUAAGGUAACAUUAUUCAGCAGGUUUCAUUAUAUGUAGCACAAUGUGUUCAUUCUAUAGGAUGAUGCAAAACUUUUGGCCACAGCUGUCCAUAGACAGAGCUCUCGGGUGUUACAUGAAUAUCUUUUUAUGUUUGAACUUAUAUGAAAUUGACCGUAUUUUAUAACAAUUCAAAAUAAAAGCACUGUUCUAUUCCUGUUUCAACUGAAAACGAACAAAAGCUGUAGCAGUUAGUCCAGUAAAAUUUACCAGGAGACGGAUGUGGUCAGUUUAAUCCCCGCUAAACCACGUAUGGAUUUUAUUAGAGCUUUUGAUCUUGGCUGAUUCACCAAGGCUACAAAUUGGUGCAAUCUGAUAUGACUGUAUAUGCAGGUUUAUGUGGGUUGUUACCAGCUGUUCAUUCUUGCAACCUUCGAACAAAAGUUUGGGAACGAGAAAAAGGCCUCAAGGUCCUUGUUAGCACAGCAUUCUCCCCUACUGCUGACCAAAACUGCACACAGUGUUCUAGAUGGGUUGUAACUAGAGCAUUGGAUAAUCUUAGCAUCUCUAGGUCAGCUCUUAAUUAUCCUCAGUGUCCACUUCUCAGAUGCCAAGUGUCUUUUGUGGACACAUCGUGCUGUUGCCCAGGUUGCUGGAUCCACUCUCAUGUUGUUGCUAUCAAAACCAUACCACUAUCGCACCACUGUGGCCAGGGCAGUAUCCUCGUUUUUGUGUAUUUGUUUUCCACUUUUGGGAUAAGUGCUGCUUUAAUAUUUAUAUGUCAUGUUUACAGUUUUUUUAUUUUUUAAUCUAUAUUCAUAUUUAUAACAUGUUUUGUUUUAUCUUGUAUUAUGAUGUUGAAUAAAUACAUAUUUUUAAUAAAAGGGAAAAAAUUACACUAUUUAGCAAAACCAGCUAA